AUGUACCCAUACAGAAACCAAAUACAACCCCGCCGCCGAAAAAGACAGCUCUUCAACAAAGACAUAGAAAACCUCCUCUAUGCCAUGGGUGACGGCCCUGUUUCUCUAGAAUCCACCGUUGCCUGUUUGGAAGACUGUUUGGUGGACUACUUGACAGACCUAGCACAUGAAGCACUUCGAUACGCCAAAUCUCAGGGCAGGUCGCGUGUAAAGAUCGACGAUCUUCCGUUUGCGUUGCGCCACGACCCCAUGAAGUUGGGCCGGAUGAAUUACAUGCGUGACCAACUCAUUAAGAUUGAAAAGGCCAAGAAGAUGUACGAUACAAAUAACGUCAAUGAAAAGGAGCUUUUUGCGGAUGACGACGAUGAAGGUGACGACGAGGAUGGAGAAGAGCGUGCGAAAAAGACGGCGAAGAAGCCAAAGAAGAAGAAGCCGAAGAAGGGUAUAGUGUCUUUUGACGAUUCCGGCAGCGAGUAG